AUGUCACAAUAUACGAUAGUAGUAUUACAACAUGACCAACCACCAAAUAACUGGCCAUCAUUUUACCCAAUAAUUUAUCAUAAUCUUGAAGAUUUCCCAGUAAGAGACAAAACGUUAUUGAAAAGAAGUUAUAUUCUAUUCAAACUAUACGUUAUAGGAUUAUUUGUAGAUUUAUGUGUUGAUGUAACAGUUAUGAUGAUGACAGAUAGUGCUUCAAGUAGUGAAUUAAUGGAUAGUUUCAUCCCCCUGAUAACUAUCCUAUUUGGUGAUUUCUUUGGUAGACAUUUAAGCCUUUAUCUUGCUAUCAAGUAA